AUGGCUAUCUCCGCGCGAAAUGCGGUUACCCCGUGGGCGGCUUUCGCGAGCAGCGCCGGCGUCGCCGUGCUGCUGGUCGAGUGUCUGCUGAGCGGCAGCGUUGCGAACUUCGCGAACGCGCAACCCGCGCCCGCGGGGGAGCCAGACUGGAUUUCGCAGCUUAGCGAGACAGACGCGCAAACCGCCCCCGCGGAUCUCGGCUGGGCGGCGCAGCUGGUCCCGAGCUCUGAUUCGCCGGCGGUGCAAGAAGCACCCGCGCAAGGCCCCCCCGCGCAAGGUCCCCCCGCGCAAGGUCCCCCCGCCGAUGAUCAGGAUGAGGAGGACGAUUCGGACUUCGUUGCAGAAAUGGAGCACGAACGCGCGGCCUCGGGGGUUUCUAACUGGGAGGCGCAGACACAGUCGAUCUUCCAGCAGGUGGCGAAUCAGACGUUCCUCUCCUCCUUCGGCCAGAUUUUCUCCAACUACUUCCGAUCCCAGCAGCUGUACAUCGACCAAGAUGCAACCAUCCUCAUCCCCACGAAUGUUGGCUACUGGCGCUACGAAACCCAGUGGGACACGCUCAAGCCAAAGCAGAAGCGCCGGUUACUCCGUUACCACAUUCUCAAGGGCCGUUACACUGCGCAGCAGCUCCUGGACGCGGCUCCGCUCACCCUCUUCCAGACCUUCAACCAGAACCUGCCGGUGAACAAGACUCUUAAGCCGAACGAAGUGUAUUUCCAGUCGGUUCCGCCGACGAGGUUCGUGUCUCCACUGAGCGUGACUGACGGAUAA